AGGUGUCCCCCUCCUCCUCCCCCACCUCCUCCUCCUCCUCUUUCUCCUCAGUCGCAUGACCGGUGGACUACACUCUCCUCACUCUUCUCUCUGAAGCGCACACGUCUCCUAGAUUCUUUCCUGCUUCAGUCUGACCUUUACAAUCUCGCAGGAAACCACCAAAUACGCACAAAUGAUGCACUCGGCGCAGAAAGACACCACCUACACUAAGAUCUUUGUCGGAGGUCUUCCUUACCACACCACCGACUCCAGUCUCAGGAAGUACUUCGAAGUGUUUGGAGACAUCGAGGAGGCUGUGGUCAUCACUGACCGGCAGACGGGCAAAUCCAGGGGUUAUGGAUUCGUGACCAUGGCAGACCGGGCCUCUGCUGACCGAGCCUGUAAGGAUCCCAACCCCAUUAUUGAUGGGAGGAAAGCCAAUGUGAACCUGGCCUACCUGGGGGCCAAGCCGAGGGUCAUACAGCCAGGAUUUGCAUUCGGUAUGCCUCAGAUUCACCCAGCAUUCAUCCAGAGACCUUAUGGGAUCCCUGCCCACCUUGUCUACCCUCAGGCCUUUGUCCAGCCCAGUAUGGUGAUCCCUCAUGUUCAACCCUCCGCUGCUUCAGCAACAGCUGCUGCUGCUGCUGCUGCCACUUCCCCAUACCUUGACUAUACAGGAGCAACAUAUGCUCAGUACUCGGCUGCCGCCACUGCAGCUGCUGCUGCAGCUGCUUAUGAACAGUAUCCAUACGCCGCCUCACCUGCGCCUACAAGCUACAUGACGACAGCAGGGUAUGGAUACGCUGUCCAACAGCCGCUGGCCACUGCUGCCACCCCAGGGGCUGCUGCUGCUGCUGCAGCCUUCAGCCAGUACCAGCCUCAGCAGCUCCAGACAGACCGCAUGCAGUGAAAAGCUACAACAACUACCUUUUUAAAAGGAGGAAAGCAGGGGCAGCCACCUCCUCCCAUGAGGCGGUCAUAGUUAUAAGGAUGAUUACAGAAGAGGCUGAAUGAUGGUUAUCUCAGCAGUCUUUCUACCAAAGAGCCUAAAGAAAAUCACCAGAAAUUUAGAGAAAAAUGGGACAUUGCUGUAUAUUUGUAUUCAGGCAAUACCAGUAUUUUGUCAACGAGUGACUAUAUAUGAAUAUUUAAUAUUUAUUCAGUUGAGUAAUAAGUCAGCAAAGUAAUAUUUAAUGUUAACUGGCGUUGACUCACUGGACCUCAUGUUGACAAAUGUCUUGUAAAUAUAUAUAUUUCAGUGGAAUUUGUAUAAAAUUCACAAUAGCAUUAAUGUCUUAUAAUCAGAUUUCUUCCCCACUAUUUUGAAAACGAAACACUGAGAAAUGAGAAUGCACAAAUGAGAACGGUGUUACCCCGUCAUGCUGUUUCCAUUCUUUCAUAGUCUUGGACCAGUACUUUGUUUGGUAAAGCUAUGCACACAUUUACAGAGACGUUUUGCUAGGGUUGUUUCUCUUUUUUUAAAUAACUGUGUGGAGUGAGAUAGAUUAGACAUCCUCGGACUAGUUUCUUCUAUGAUGUAUUUCCUUGAUAGUACAUACUGGAGGAUGUAAUGCUGAAGCACUCAAUGUUCUUCCCUUUAAAUUGCACCUCAAGUAAACUCAGCAGAAGGGACAGAAACAUUGUCUAAUGUGAAUCUUUCAUUUUGAAAAAAAAAAAAAAAAAUUCAUAAUGUGCCUUUUAAAUUAUGCUAUUUAUGUAUUUAUUAUGGAGCCUUACAGUAAAAAAUAAACCCUUUAUUUGUGUCCAUGUGCUCGUAUGUAGAAGCCUACUGUAGAACAUUUGCUGCUGCAUUUCUCAUGAUCAAGAGCAUGUGUCGUUCAAGGAUGUUUAAGUGUGCUGUACUGUGUAUAAAGAACAAAAUAUGAGUGGAAAGGAAGCAAACAACUCGGAUGCUUUUUGUUUUUUGUAGCAUUAAUGUCAAAAAUAUAUCCUUCCUUCUUUAAUGUCACUUUUUAUACUUGACCAGUCUGAUAAAGGACAAUGUUAAAACUGUUUUAACUUUUUAGACUUUUUUUUUCUUUUUUCUUUCUACAUUUGAUGUCAACUGACAUUGAAUGUCUUCUAAUGCAAGGGCAUCACCCAAUUCUCCUUUCGAUUUAUAAUGCAUGACUCCAAAUAAUGCAAACAUUUAAUUUGUGAAAUAAAAGGAUAAUAAAUCUCAA